AUGGCUCUUCUCAUCCGCAUCUCUUUCUUUCUCGUUCUCUUCUCCCUCAUCGUUUCUGAUCGUGUAGGGCCAUGGGCAGCGGCGGAUGCUAGUAGUGUUAGGAAUCUGGGGAACUACGAGAGAAUCCCCUUAACAUCAGUGAGCGGGCCGGAGAGCCUCGCUUUCGACGCUGGCGGCGCCGGGCCUUACACCGGCGUCUCCGACGGGCGGGUGCUCAGGUGGGAGGAGUGCUCUCGUCGGUGGGUGGAGUAUGCCGUUCCGACUCGAGACAGGUGGGGAUUCUUCCGUGAACUCGCUCUUUAAUCCGUAAUCGUUUCUCUUUAUCUUCAUUUAUCGUUUCCUCAUCCUCCUCAUCUCUUUUGAUGUGGGAUGUUUUUGUUGUGAACGGGAGCCUUGCACGUGGCUUCCCCAUUCCCCUAUUGUGAGGUAAUGCGGAAUUUGGUAAUGCAGAAUUUGGUAAUGCGGGAUUUCCUGCAUAACGCACGGUACUGGCCAAUUUUGGCCAGCUAGUUAUUUCUUACGGUUAUUCCUUUCCCCCCUUUGUUUUCUUAUUUAAAGAGGGCUGUAAGAGUUUUUCAAUAGCGAGAAAGUUUUCCUUGUUCCUCCUGCUGUUUUUCCUGUGACUCGUGAGGUGAUCUCGCCGGCGACGUCUUAACUGCCGUCGUCUCUCCGGCGAGUUUCUAACAAGUGGUAUCAGAGCUCCCAGGUUGCGGGCCGGGACUCGAUCGCGGCAAGGUACAGCCGUUGGAAUCGAGAACGCGCAAUCGAGACGCGCUAUGGCAGGAGGAAAGGACGGAGUGGUCCAGAGGGUGAUUCGUGAGGUGAGCGCCGGGACAGGGUUCCCAAUGCUCACCAAGACCAACUACUCCGACUGGGCACUGCUCAUGAAGGUCAAGCUCAGAGCCCGGUUGCUCUGGACCGCCAUUGAGAAAGGGGGCGUCGAACCCCACGAAGACAUGCAGGCGCUCGACGCGCUCUGCAGCGCCGUGCCGCCGGAAAUGUGGCCGGUGAUCGCGAACAAGGAGACGGCCAAGGAGGCCUGGGAGGCUAUCGCCACCAUGCGGAUCGGCGAUGACCGCGUAAAGAAGACGUCGGCUCAGAACUUGCGGCGGCAGUUCGACUCGGCGACGUUCAAGGAGGGAGAGUCUGUUGAGGACUACGCGCUGCGUCUCAACAGCAUGGCGUCGACUCUCAACACCCUCGGCGACAAGGUCGAAGAGACGCAGGUAGUGGAGAAGAUAAUCCGUAGUGUUCCCCAGCGUUUCAGGCAGAUCGUGGUCGCGAUCACGAUGCUGCUCGACGUGUCGACGCUCACUGUCGCGGAUUUGACGGGUCGGCUCAAGGCGGCGGAGGAUGCCUUCGAGGAACUGCCGUCGGCUAUGCACCACGACGGCAAGCUGCACCUGACUGAGGAAGAGUGGGAUGCACGGCGGAGGAAGCGCGAUAAUGAGAAAACUGGUGGUGGAGGUAGCAGCAGCGUGACGCACCGUGUCAAACAUGGGCGCGGGCACGGGCGCGGCCGUGGCAGCGAAAAGGGCUCGUCAUCAGGCGGCCUGACGGGCAACUCAGGCCGGCCCAAAGGUGAUGAGUGCAGGAGAUGCGGGAAGCUGGGCCACUGGGCCCGCGAGUGCCGCUCCAAGCCCAAGAAAGAACAGGCCCACAUCGUCCAGAAUGAGGAGGAGGCCUCGCUCCUUCUCGUGAAGUCAACAACGGCCAGAUCGACGGCGCCGCCACCAACCUCCACUCCACCACGUUUUGCUGCGACUCUGCAGGCAGAGGAUCGGCUCCGGCGUGCAAGCCCACCGCCGCCGGGAGCAAAAGGGGUCCCCGUCAAUGGAGGGGCCGCCAAAGAAGAGCGGAAGCCAGGCGCCCAGACCCAGAUCCACCUGCGGGAAGAGAAGGUGUUCGCCCACCUUGAAGAGGAGGAGCUGCGUGAUGAGGAGGCGUGGGUCGUGGACACGGGCGCCACGAACCACAUGUCGGGUUCCCGUACAGCUUUCACCGAGCUGGACACGAAGGUACUUGGGACGGUGCGGUUCGGCGACGACUCGGUGGCGCGAAUCGAAGGCCGGGGGGCAAUCGUGUUCCUGUGCAAGAACAGCGAGCACCGGUCCUUCGCGGGGGUGUAUUACAUUCCCCGACUGACGACGAACAUCGUCAGCGUCGGCCAACUCGAUGAGGCCGGGUACCAUAUCGACAUCGAGAAGGGGGCGAUGAAGAUCCAUGAGCCAGGCGGACGGCUCCUAGCAAAGGUCAUGCGCGGAGAGAACAGGCUGUACAUUCUCCACGCCAAGCUGGUUCGGCAGGUGUGCCCGGAGGCGCGGGCAGUCGAAGAAGGUUGGAAAUGGCACGCGCGCCUCGGCCAUGUCAACAUGACCGCGCUGCGGAAGAUGGCUCGGGAGGAGCUGGUGCGCGGGUUGCCGGCGGUUGGUCCGGUGGACCAGCUGUGUGAGGCGUGUCUCGCUGGCAAGCAAAAGCGGUCGCCGUUCCCCCAGCAAGGAGAGUACCGGGCGCGGCGUGUUCUGGAGCUGGUGCACAGCGACCUCUGUGGUCCGAUUGCGCCGGAAACGCCAAAUGGCAGCAAGUAUUUCCUGCUGCUCGUGGAUGAUCGAAGCCGGUACAUGUGGGUGGCCAUGCUGCCUUCAAAGGACCGUGCUGCGGUGGCCAUCAAGGAGAUCAAGGCUCGCGCAGAAGGCGAGUCAGGACUGAAGCUGGGAGCGCUCCGUACUGAUCGGGGCGGCGAAUUCACCUCACAUGAGUUCGCGGAGUACUGCGCGGGAGAAGGUAUUCAUCGUGAACACACGGCGCCAUACAGCCCGCAGCAGAAUGGCAUCGUCGAGCGCAGGAACGGCACGGUGGUAGCAACCGCGAGGAGCAUGCUCAAGGCAAAGGGGCUGCCGGGCUGGUUUUGGGGUGAGGCAGUGGGAACUGCUGUAUACAUCCUGAACCGGUGUCCCACGAAGAGCGUGGACGGCAUGACGCCUUUCGAGGUAUGGCACGGGAAGAAGCCGGCGGUGCACCAUCUGAAGGUGUUCGGAUGCAUCGCCUACGUCCUGAACACGACACCGCAUCUCAAGAAGCUGGAGGACCGCGGCCGCAAGAUGAUCUUCAUCGGCUACGAGUACGGAUCAAAGGCCUACCGAGCCUACGAUCCCACUGCGAGGCGUGUCCAUGUGACACGGGACGUGGUGUUCGACGAGAAUGCCCAGUGGGACUGGGGCAGCGGCGCGAAGCAAGGGGAUGCGGGCAGCCACGACGAUAUGUUCACAUUGGAGUAUGCCGUCGGGAACCAGGUACCUCCAGAGCUCGAUGGCGCCAUCGAGGUACUUGAUGAUGAUGCGCCGGGACCGGAGCUGAUGUCGCCACCGUCUGUGCACUACAGUGGGGGAGCAGCGCCGAUUGAAGAUGGAGGAGAGGAGGUGGAGUUCGCCUCUCCACCGAGUGUCCACAUUGACCACCUGGACGCUAAUCACGAUGAUGCGCCACUCCGGUUCCGCAAGAUCGACAACAUCGUUGGGCUGGCCUCGCCACGUGGUCUCGCGUCGCGGGCGUUAAUUGCAAAGGAGCUGCACGCUGUAAGUUCUGAUGAGCCGGUCUCUUUUGUUGAAGCAGAAGGCCACCCGAGCUGGAGGAAGGCUAUGGAGGAGGAGAUGGCGUCGAUCGAGGAAAACCGCACCUGGUCCCUGGUAGACCUCCCACAUGGUUGCCGGGCGAUCGGGUUAAAGUGGGUGUACAAGGUGAAGCGGGAUGAAAACGGAGCCGUGGCGAAGUACAAGGCGCGCCUGGUGGUGAAGGGCUAUGCGCAACGCCAAGGGAUCGACUACGAUGAGGUGUUCGCACCUGUGGCGCGGCUGGACACGGUGCGCCUUCUCAUUGCUCUCGCGGCGCACGAGGGGUGGGAGGUGCACCACAUGGAUGUCAAGUCGGCGUUCUUGAAUGGCGAUCUCAAGGAAGAGGUGUACGUGGAGCAGCCGGCCGGUUUCAUCAGCACGGGCAACGAGCACAAGGUAUUUAAGCUGAAGAAGGCACUCUACGGCUUACAUCAGGCGCCUAGGGCCUGGAACGCGAAGUUGGACGAAACGUUGCUGUCGUUCAGAUUCAGGAGGAGUCCCUCGGAACAUGCCAUCUACACCAGGUGGAAUGGAGAGGCGCAGCUAGUGGUCGGGGUGUACGUCGAUGACCUGGUGAUCAUCGGCGCCAGCUGCGACGACAUCAAGCAUUUCAAAAAAGAGAUGGCUGACGCAUUCAAGAUGAGCGACCUCGGCCUGCUUCGCUACUAUCUUGGCAUUGAAGUCAGGCAGAGUGCGAGGGGCACCUUGAUCAGCCAAGGAGCCUAUGCCGCCAAGAUUCUGGAGAGGAGCGGGAUGGCAGGGUGCAAUCCUUGUCAAGUACCAAUGGCAACACGUCUGAAACUGAGCAAGAUGAGCACGGAGCCGCUGGUGGAUGCGACAGCAUACAGAAGCAUCGUGGGGAGUCUCAGGUACUUAGUCAAUACUCGUCCAGAUUUGGCAUUUGCGGUUGGCUAUGUGAGUCGUUUUCUAGAGGAGCCACGAAAGGAUCACUUGGCUGCUGUGAAGCAAAUUCUCCGCUAUGUGGCGGGAACCAAGAGUUGGGGUCUCAGGUAUGAAAGGAAAAAGGAGAAGCAAGUCCAGCUGACAGGGUUCAGCGAUAGUGACUUCGCUGGUGAUGUUGAUGCUCGGAAGAGCACGACUGGAGUUAUUUUCUUCUUGGCCAACAGCCCAAUUACUUGGCAGUCAAUGAAACAGAAGGUGGUGGCUCAGUCUAGCUGCGAGGCAGAGUAUAUUGCAGCCGCCAAUGCUGCCUGCCAGGGUGUGUGGCUCGCUCGGGUGUUAGCAGAGGUGCAUGGCUCAGCACCAAGCGUGCCGAUGCUGAAGGUGGACAACAAGUCUGCCAUAGCGUUGAUCAAGAACUCAGUUCUCCAUGGACAUAGCAAACACAUUGAAGUGAAGUAUCAUCUUGUCCGAGAAUCCACAGAAAAGGGUCAGAUCAACGUGGAGUUCAUCAGGAGUGAAGAACAGUUAGGAGACGUUCUGACGAAGCCACUCGGAAAAGUCAAGUUCCAUGAGUUUCGCGCCAAGAUUGGGCUCGUUGAUGUUCGUGGUAAGUACAGCAAGGCUCAGGAGGAGAUUGUUGUGAACGGGAGCCUUGCACGUGGCUUCCCCAUUCCCCUAUUGUGAGGUAAUGCGGAAUUUGGUAAUGCAGAAUUUGGUAAUGCGGGAUUUCCUGCAUAACGCACGGUACUGGCCAAUUUUGGCCAGCUAGUUAUUUCUUACGGUUAUUCCUUUCCCCCCUUUGUUUUCUUAUUUAAAGAGGGCUGUAAGAGUUUUUCAAUAGCGAGAAAGUUUUCCUUGUUCCUCCUGCUGUUUUUCCUGUGACUCGUGAGGUGAUCUCGCCGGCGACGUCUUAACUGCCGUCGUCUCUCCGGCGAGUUUCUAACAGUUUUCGCAGGAACCGAACCCAGUGCGACGGCUCGGCCGUUCCCGCGGUGGAGGACGUCUGCGGAAGACCUCUGGGGAUUCAGUUCCACCGCCGGACGGGGAAGCUCUAUGUGGCAGAUGCCUACUUCGGGCUCCUUGUCGUGGAGCCCGGCGGCGGGGCGGCGGCGCGGCUCUCCGCCGGCGUGGAGGGUCAAACUUUCAAGCUAACAAACGGAGUCGACGUGGACCAGGAGACGGGCGUCGUGUACUUCACGGACAGCAGCACCCGGUUCCAGAGAAGGUCUGCAUGCGGCGGCCUCUCGCAACGCAAUUCUGUCUCGCACCUGUUUCUCCGGCAGAGAAAACCUGUUGUUUUUCGAUGUUACUACUGCAAAGAAUACGUAUAUAGUGAUGUCUUCUGAAUCUUCAGGGAAUGGAUGCUCUCCAUCGCGACGCGGGACGCCACGGGAAGGUGGUUCAUGAGGUACGACCCGGCAACGAAGAAGACGGCGGUGCUGCUUAGAGGGCUCCAGUUCCCCAACGGCGUCGCGGUCAGCAGCGGUGGCGACUUCGUCCUCGUGGCGGAGACGACGAAGCAGAGGGUCCUGAGAUUCUGGGUGAAGGGUUCCAAGGCGGGCAGCUCGGAAGUGUUCGCGCAGCUCCCCUGGUCGCCGGACAACGUGAAGACGAACGGGGAGGGCGAGUUCUGGGUGGCCGUGACGUCGACGGAGAGGAAUGUGGUGGGAAUGAAGCUCGACGGGCAGGGGAGGACCACGCAGGUGCUGCGCCGCAGAAGCCCCUCGGGAACGGUCAGCGAGGUCCAAGAGAUCAACGGCACGCUGUGGCUGGGGUCGGUGGAGAGCUCUUUCGUCGCCGUCUAUAGUAGAUCGUCGUCAUAUCCAUUUCCGUCUUCCCCCCGCUCGCCAUCUUCCUCCUCUCUGUCUCCCACUAGUCUUCGUCGCUCUCUCUAG